AUGUUUAAUUGUCCAUAUCAACAUUGUAACAGGACAUUUUCUCACCGAGCUGCUCUUCGUGAACAUGCAAAAUCACAUAAAGGCCAGGCAUAUUGGGAGAUAUUAAACGAUUUUAAUAAUAAUUUAGAUAACUCGUAUAAUAAUAAUGCAGAUGAACAUGAAGUUAAUAUAAAUAUGAACGAUAUUGAAGUAUUUGAAAUGGAAACGUUGGAGCAUGAUGAUGAUACGGACGAUGAUCGUUUCAAUGAAAAUACUGCUGAUGCUGAUACAGUUGAUGCUGAAGAAAAUCUCAAUUUUGAACAUAUUCCUAAUUAUACUCUCUUUACUCCUGAACGAACUGAACAAAUAACUUUGAUUGAUGUAAAAACUACCUUAGAUCAGAACUCUUCGCGGUUCCCUGAUGCUGCUUAUGCCGAAUUUAUGGAAAUUGUAUCAAAACAUCAUUUCUCUAAUUCGGCUGGAAAUGAUGUUUUAAAAUGGUUCCAAAAGCACCAUCUUCGAGAAAAUGUUAUUCUACCAAGAAAUACAACACAAGGACGUGAAUUUGUUAAUUCAAUAUACGUUGAUUAUUUAUUAUACCAUAAAAUAAAAGUCUUAGAGUACGAUGAUGAAGAAUAUUAUCUUUACCAUCGCCCAAUCUUUGAUGCUGUCAAAGAACUCUUGUCUAAUCCUGAUAUAUUAAAAUCUUGUCAAUGGGAUUUUUUACCAGAGUAUAUUAUCAAUAAAGAUGGCCAACGUGAACGUGUAUAUGGAGAACAGUGGACAGGGUUGUGGUGGGAACGUGCGCAUAAUUCAAUUGGAGAUGCCACUAUAUUAGAUCACCUUGGAAAAAGCUCGAAACACCCAGUUUAUCUCUCAUUGGGUAAUAUUCCUAUUUGGCGUAGAAACAAAUGUGACGCUAAAGUUUUACUAGGAUUUUUACCUAAAUUAAAUCCCUUACAUAAUAAUAAAAACAAUAAAAAAAGUUUUAUACCGGCAAAAAGAAUGUUAUAUCAACAUUGUUUUGAUAUUAUGACACAACCAAUAUAUGAAAAGCUAGAGAACAAUGGCUUGAAUAUUGUUACUGAUAAUCAAAUAAUCUGGAGUUUUCCAUUUCUUUCUGAAUUUAUUGGAGAUUUGCCUGAAGAUGCAUCACUGACAUUGACUUAUAAUUCUUCUCGAUGUAAACGUCCUUGUCAUAUAUGCACUAUAACUAUUGAUGAAUUGAACAAUACUACUUUGUCCCAAAAUGAAAUAGAAUUACGAACUCCUGAAAAUAUGCAAUUUAUUUUAAAUCAAAAUCUCAGUCAUGAAUACUCUAUCCAUCCAAUUCAAAAUAUUUUUUGGAAAUUUCGUAUGUUAAAUAUCUAUAGUGCGACGGUACCUGAUCGCAUGCAUCAUUGCGAUUUGGGACUUUUUAACUAUCAAGUCAAUUUCGCUCAAGAUUAUAUUCGAAUAUAUUGUGGACAAGAGGGUAUUGAUGAGUUUAACCAACGUUUAGCUACAAUUCCUCGUUUUCCUGAACUCAAAUCUUUUAGACAUGGACUUGGAAAUAUUGCAAGGUUCACUGCUUCAGAAUUUCGAAACAUGAUGAAGCAACUUGUUUUUGUUGUAGAUGGUUUAAUUAUCGCAAAAUAUAAGCCAUCAUGUUUAAAUUUACAUCAGGCAAAACAAAAGGAUAAGAAACUUGUAAAUUUAUUUGUUUUAUGGAAUAAAAUGUAUAUCUUUAGUCGAAAGGAUUCUUUUACCGAUUUUGAACUUAAUAAAUUUCAGGCAAAAGAAUUUAUUUUUUUAUUUAUGCCAAUUGUAAAUACUGAAAUGAAGUACCCAAAGUUGCACAAUUGGUACUUUCAUAUUGUUGAUGCUAUACGAGAAUAUGGUGCAAUAAAUGGUUUCACUACCGAAUCAUAUGAAUUAUUACAUAAAUUUUGUGUAAAAAUUCCAUAUAGAAUGACCAAUCGUAAUAAUGUAACUCCACAAAUAAUUAAUAUGGUGCGUUGA